UCAGCUCUGAUAAGGCAAGUCUUAUUCUACUGAGGAAGUAGGGAGAGACAAAGCCUGAGCGGGGGAUGGCGAUUCCCUUGAUGAGGGCUUUGAUUUCUCAUUCUCAUAUGCUCUUUCAAAUCCCUAGUCUUGCAAGUUCGAAUUUAGUGACAAAGAAGAACAAGUCGCUUUACUGUGCUUCAACGGAAUCCAACCCAGUCCAGUUUGCUGCUUCCUUCCCUUCUCUUGCCGCUUCAGUAAAUUUGCUAGGAAGAGUUGAUAAAGUAGUAAAUUCGACUAAUAUUUACGUUCCUCAGAAUACGUUUUUGACGUAAUUCGACUCAUUUCAUUACUGCUGUACUGCUUUUGAAUAAAUUUGCACAAGCGCAGCAGUUGAUAAAGUAGUAAAUUCAAAUUUUGUGUUGGGACUAACCUUAUUCCACACCCCAACAAGGUACUUCACACUUGCCCUCCUUUGAACUGUGAACGCGCGGCUCUGUCUUUGUAGUUUGUGGUGCUUUCUAUUGAAAUUAUGAUUUGAUGACUAAACAAUCAAAUACUUGUAGUCCUCGUUUUUCUGUUGGUCUCUCUAUAGGUAAGAGAGGUGAAGAAGAUGCUUUCAUUGUGAGCAGCUAUGAUGCGGGACUUAUAGCUGUUGCUGAUGGAGUCUCUGGGGAUGUGAUUUCCCUCUUCAUUUGUAGAAGUGUGUGUGUGUGUGUAAUUUUGGAUCAAGUUGCAAAAUGCUUGUUACAGUUUGUUCAUGAACAACAUAACUGAACUGCCUUGAAUAUAAUUUAGUAACUCUACAGCUACUUAUUUCUUUAGGCUAACAUGUGUCCACUGCGGGAGCUUUGUUGUGUUGUUGUUUUUUACAGCUGCUUAUUUCUCCAGAACUUUGUGAUCUGGGCUGAACAGGAUGUUGAUCCUUCAUUAUUCCCUCGAGAACUGGCUAAUAUUACUUAUCUUGUGGUAGAUGAGGAGGUUAAAUAUGAUCCUCAAUCUCUUCUAAUGAAAGGUCAUGCUGCUACUUCCUCUAUUGGUUCCGCUACAGUUAGAAUCAGUGCCAUGCUGGAGAGGAAUGGAAUGCUGAAGAUUGCCAAUGUUGGAGAUCGUGGACUAAGGGUUAUCCAGGAAGGUUACCAAUACAGAAUUGAUGGAGGGAGACAUCAUAGUAGUGGGCGCAAAUGGGCUGUUUGAUAAUGUUUUUGAUCAUGAAAUUCUUUCAACAAUCAUCAUACAGUGAUGUUUCGGAGGCUGGUAUGUGUUUCAGAAUUCUGGUUGAUGAUACUUUUGGAGUGCAGUUAUGCUGUUCCGGACGGAAGGUGUCUGGAUGGAUUCUAGUAACUGUCCAGACACUUCUGUUUUGAGCCAUUUUCUGCCAGAUGAACAAUCUGUCUGGACGGCUACCCGAGCUGUCCAGACACCUAUCGUAGACUCAGCUUCGUUUAAAUAUAUUUUUGCAAGGGUUUUACCCUAUCUUUUGUUCUAACUUUGUACGAGCCGGCCCUUUGAGAGAGAAUGCCAUUGUGAGUGUGAGAGAGCUAUUGGGGCUUGAUCUUGUUGUAUUUGGGUGGAUUCUCCACUUGGUUUCCUUCUCCAACAUAGUGAAUCACUCCUCUAACGCCCGUGGACGUAAACUUUACGCCGAACCACAUAAAUCUCGUGUUGCUUUUGAUUCUCUGCAUAUUUUAGUAUUUUGGUGUUGAUUAAAUCAAUCUCUUUGGUGCUAUUGUGUGGGUAUUUGUGGAUUUAGCACAACAGGGAAGAACCUUGCAGGCAUGGAUUGUUUUUUUUUUUUUACUUGUUCAAUGUGGUGUGAGUUUUUGAUAAAAAACCGGUGAAAUUGGACAUGGUGUCUGGACAGUUGGGGUGGUGUCCGGACACCUCUGCUGGAAAUCAAGUAAGAAGCAGCAAAAAGACUAGCAGUCCGGACAAUGUAUCGGGGCUGCACUGUUUUAGUAUAAAUAGGAGACUUGUUUCUAGGUUUUUAACCCUAAUUCCAAUUGUUUGUUUCUCUGGGUUUAAGAGACGGCUAAGAGUGAGAGAGAGAGCAAGGUUGGGGGAAACUUUGUGGUUUAUCUCUUAAGUUUAAUUGGGUUCAAGGUGAGAGAAAAUUGAGUGUGUGGUUGUAAUAAUUUUCUACAUAGUGAAUUUUCUCUUAAUUGUCUUUUGAUAACGGCAAUGUUUUUUUCCUAUGGUUUUGGGGUUUUCCACGUAAAGCUUGUGUUGUGAUUGUUGUUUUUCUUAGUUUCAAAUUCUCUAUUAUGGUGUUGAUUAAUCUGUCAAGGAGGAGGAGAGUGGGUCUAAUUUCCCAACAAGUGAGUGGUGGUUCGAAGGAACUUGGCCACUUGAACUAGUGUUGUUGCUCACUGGCAUGGAUUGUCAUUACUUGUAUAGUUGUGAUGAUUUCUUUUCCGUUAUUGUGGAAACUGGAAACCAAACUGAAGCCUGAGCUUUUGUU